AUGAGUUCCAUCGGUACAGGGUACGACGUUUCCGUAUCAACAUACUCGCCUGACGGCCGAGUCUUCCAGGUCGAAUACGCCGGCAAGGCUGUCGAGAACAGUGGAACUGCCAUUGGUAUUCGCGUCAAGGAUGGUGUCGUCUUGGCUGUCGAGAAGUUGGUCCAGUCCAAGCUCCUCGUCCCCGGCGCUAACCGCCGUAUCCAGAAUGUCGACCGUCACGUCGGAAUCGCCACCGCCGGAUUGUUGGCAGAUGGUCGUCAUAUUGUGAAGCGCGCCCGCGAGGAAGCACAGAGCUGGAGAGACGUCUAUAGACUGCCCAUUGAUGGCAAGAACAUUGCGUCGCGUGUCGGUGAUUAUGUUGCGGCUUAUACCUUAUACUCGAGCGUGCGUCCUUUCGGAAGCAGCACGAUCAUCGCUGCCAUGGACACCACCGGCCCCAAACUCUAUAUGGUCGAGCCCUCUGGCUUGUACUGGGGUUACCACGGAACUGCGAUUGGAAAGGGUCGCCAGGUGGCCAAGACUGAGAUUGAGAAGUUGAACCUCGAGGAGAUGACAUGUCGCGAGGCAGUGAAGCACGCCGCCCGCAUUAUCUACAAUGUGCAUGAUGAUGCCAAGGACAAGGAGUUCGAGCUGGAGUUGAGCUGGGUCUGCGAGGAGUCAAAGGGACUCCACCAGAUUGUCCCCAAGGAGAUUGCAGAUGAGGCAGAGACCCUCGCAAAGGCUGCCUUGAACGACGACGAUAUGGACGAUGAUUAA